AUGCUGUGCAACAGGAUUUUCCCGGCUAGACCAAGCUCCUUAAAUGCCUCCCUCUUUACCUGCUAUACCAAGCUCAAACCAAGACAUCUCAGCUACUCCCCUCCUCUCUACAGAGCUCCAGCAAUGACCGAAAAAGACCCCGGCUACAAGGACCGACCCCCGUACAAGAUCCGCUCUGAUGCAGAAUUCGGAGAGACCAAAUGGCGCGGUAGCUGCAGUUGCGGCCAGGUCACGUACAAAAUCAGCCGCCAGACCCCACUGAACGCAAAGUACUGCCACUGUCGCGGAUGCCAGGUCACACAUGGCGCCCCCUUCCAAUGGUGCGGCAUCUUCCAUAAAGAAGACCUCAUGUUCAACAAGGGAUCCGAGGGCCUCUCGUUCUACUCCUCCCAGGAUAAGUCGAGGGAUUACCAGCUGCCGACUAAGGUCGCCUGUGCGCAUUGUCGGAGCCCGAUCAUGGAUGAGGGACGGAAUGUCUGCUUGAUAUUCCCCACGUUGAUCGACUAUGAGGCCUCGGGCACGGAUCAUGAUACGUGGAGACGGGCGUUUGAAUCCAAAAUGCACAUCUUCUACGGCAGCCGUGCGGUGGACACUCCAGAUGGAAAGCCCAAGUGGGCGGCUCUGGACGAGCAGAGCGAUUUGCUCGAUGAUUAUGGCAAUCCCAAGAAGGAUUAG